UCUCUCUAGUUCCAGCUGAGCCUGAGGUGUUGGACCUGCUACCAGCAGGCUCAGGCACUCGGCUCCCAGCCGGACACCUCACCAUGGCCACGAAGGUAGACAGUAGGCCUGGUGGGCUCCCCAUCAGGAGCUGUGACCUGGGCGCAGCCCGCGAGCACAUGCAGGCGGUCACUCGAAACUACAUCACCCGUCCCCGUGUCACCUACAGGACUGUCUGCAGCGUCAACGGGCCCCUGGUGGUGCUGGACCAAGUCAAGUUUGCCCAGUAUGCCGAGAUUGUCAACUUCACCCUCCCCAAUGGGACUCAGAGGAGUGGGCAAGUGCUUGAAGUGGCUGGCACCAAGGCCAUUGUGCAAGUGUUUGAAGGGACCUCUGGGAUCGAUGCCCAGAAGACCACCUGUGAAUUCACAGGGGACAUCCUACGGACUCCAGUGUCAGAAGACAUGCUGGGUCGGGUUUUCAAUGGCUCCGGCAAACCCAUUGACAAGGGGCCAGUGGUCAUGGCAGAAGACUUCCUGGAUAUCAAUGGCCAGCCCAUCAACCCCCACGACCGCAUCUACCCCGAGGAGAUGAUUCAGACGGGCAUCUCUCCCAUCGAUGUCAUGAACAGCAUUGCCCGUGGGCAGAAGAUCCCCAUCUUCUCAGCAGCCGGGCUUCCCCACAACGAGAUUGCCGCCCAGAUCUGCCGCCAGGCUGGGCUGGUGAAGAAGUCCAAGGCUGUGCUAGACUAUCACGACGACAACUUCGCCAUCGUCUUUGCAGCCAUGGGGGUGAACAUGGAGACAGCCAGAUUCUUCAAGUCCGACUUCGAGCAGAACGGGACCAUGGGGAAUGUCUGCCUCUUCCUGAACUUGGCCAACGACCCAACGAUCGAGCGGAUCAUCACCCCGCGCCUGGCGCUGACCACUGCUGAGUUCCUCGCUUACCAGUGUGAGAAGCACGUGCUGGUCAUAUUGACGGACAUGAGUUCCUACGCGGAGGCCUUGCGGGAGGUCUCGGCUGCUAGGGAAGAGGUGCCAGGGCGCCGAGGCUUCCCUGGAUAUAUGUACACAGACCUGGCCACCAUCUACGAGCGGGCGGGCCGUGUGGAAGGCCGGGGCGGAUCCAUCACUCAGAUCCCCAUCCUCACCAUGCCCAAUGAUGAUAUCACCCACCCGAUCCCAGACCUGACGGGCUUCAUCACAGAGGGACAGAUCUACGUGGACAGACAGCUUCAUAACAGACAGAUUUACCCCCCCAUCAACGUGCUCCCUUCCCUGUCGCGGCUAAUGAAGUCCGCCAUCGGGGAGGGCAUGACGAGAAAGGACCACGGAGAUGUCUCCAACCAGCUGUAUGCCUGCUACGCCAUCGGGAAGGACGUGCAGGCCAUGAAGGCAGUGGUCGGGGAGGAGGCUCUCACUUCGGAGGAUCUGCUCUAUCUGGAAUUCCUGCAGAAAUUCGAGAAGAACUUCAUCAACCAGGGCCCCUACGAGAACCGCUCGGUGUUCGAGUCGCUGGACCUGGGCUGGAAGCUGUUGCGCAUCUUCCCCAAAGAGAUGCUGAAGCGCAUCCCGCAGAGCGUGAUUGAUGAGUUCUACUCCCGCGAGGGGGCGCCACAGGACCUCAUGUCGGACACCGCGCUCUAGCCCUCCUGCAGCCUGGCCCGCGAACGGGGUCCCGGGACCCUGCGCUCCGCGUCCAAGUCUACGCGCCCCUCCCCAUCCGCCGUGGUCGCACUCACCCGAACCAACUGCUUCCGCGCCCACCUGCAGCCCCGCGACGGCUACGGGUGGGGGCUCCCACGCUCCAUCCCCCGCCCUGGAUUCCCGGCAGUGGGAAAGAACAAAAGGUGGUUCCGUCUGUAUUCUAUUUGGCUCUGACAGGAGCGUUUGAAUUUUUAUUUUAAAAGCCCCCAAAAUAAGAAGUAACUGAGAUGAAGUAUUUGUCUUAUGUGAAAACAAGAUUAACAAAACACUGAUAAUUGUUAAAGCUGGAAGUGAUGGAUACAUGAGGUUCAUUAAACUAUUCUCUCCACUUUAAAAAAACAAAGUCACAUUAGUAUCUUAACAACUGACAAUAGAAUUCCUCUUAGGGAGAUAUUUAUCUUUGUUAAGAAAUAUUUUGAUAGAUUUCUUGGGUGGAACCUCAGCUCAGGGGCCAUAAAAAGGACAAUGAAGGCCACAAGAGAAGUGUCUGAUUAUAAACGGCUCUGCCUGAGAGAUGCUGGGGAGGUAUUUGGUUUGCUCCAGACAGGAAGGGAGGGCAGUUGCUGGGAAGAUGGCCUGAGGGACAGGGUUGGGGGGUGCAGAAGGCUGAGGAAAGGCCUCCCCAGUUAAGAAAUGGGUGAAGAGCGUCCUAAAACCCAGGAUACCUAAUGUUCGUUGGAAAGCUGCCUGCUCUUCUGUAAUGUCAUCCCCUCCUUCUGCUCUGCCCCAUCUCCAGUGCAGUCACCACUGCUUCUUAAGAUGCAGUGCAGGGCGGGAGGACAAGACUUCAGCAAAGGGCCGAGUUCCAUUUCUGGGUCAAUGCGUUGUGGAACCAGGCCAGAAUUCUUGGAUCAAGAGGUGAUACCAAAGGAGGCCCACAAAUAAAAUUCCCAUCCCCGAGCCAAUUUGCAGUCAUUUUAGGGAAAGCUUUUGGGUGUCCACAGGGCAUAGAGUUGUUUUUAUUUAAUAACAGCUUUAUUGAAAUAUAAUUCACAUACCAUACAAUUCACCUAUUUAUAAUUGUAAAAUUAAACAAUUUUUAGUAUAUUCACAGAGUUGUGCAACCUUCACCAAAAUCAAUUUUAGGACAUUUUCGUUACCUCAAAAAGAAACCUUGCACCCCUGGCCAUCACCCCUUAAACCCCUCUUCUGCCUCUUCCCCAGCCCUAGGCAACCACUAA